GAUGGAUUUGCUGGGAGAGACAAGGGUCUCUCUCUUCAUCCCCUCACACUGGUGUUUCCAGGAUUCUCUGAGCGGGUGUGGGGUGAGGCUCUGAGUAUCAUCCACCAGAGCUUCCAUUUGAUUGAAAGUGUGAGUGAUGCAGUAGGGGAAGAGUGGGCUCUGCUGGACCAUCCUCAGAGAGCCCUCUACAGAGACAUCAUGCAGGAGAACUAUGAGAAUGUGACCUCGCUGGCAGGUGAUGCAAUGGUAUGUGAGAAAGAGGAGCAGAAUUCUCAGCAGGAAAAUGUUAAGCAAGUGGAUAAACACAAAGCGUUAUCGCAAAGAUCAGAAAGGAAUGUGCCCAGGAAUCGUAAGCGGGGAAAAUCAUGCGAGAGUCAGCACAGACCAGAAAGAGAAGAGGGAAACCAGCCAGGAGAGAAAAUGAGUAAAUUUAUUUCCUGUCAGGGAACUCGGAAGAGCAUCAAGGAAACCACAACACAGCAGGAAAUCCUAAUGGGAAAGAGGGAAAAUACAUGCAGCGAGUGUGGGAAAAACUUGACUCAAAGAUCAGCCCUUUCUGAUCAUCAGAAAUCCACACAGGUGAGAGACCUAUUGAAUGCAGUGAGUGUGAGAAAACCUUCAAUUGCAGCUCCCACCUUAUCAGGCAUCAGAGAAUCCACACGGGGAGAGGCCCUUCGAUUGUAG